AUGGCCGGUGACCUCCGGUGCUACUGGCAAGACGACGGCGCUGCGUGCGCCAAAGCCGACUGGCCCGCGUGCGGCUUCAACUGGCUCGUCAACGGCCCCGUCGGUCUCAUUUGGGGGCUCUGGUUCUUUCUGGGGCUGUACAUGCUCCAGCGCGAUGGCUCGAUCCGAAAUCUGUGCCGUUUCGACACCUCGCGCAUCCACGACCCACUCGCACAAGGCAUUGCAAUCGCGCUGGCACAGCGCAGGUAUGGCUCGAACCAGACACCGCGGCUCCUGCGCUACGUCAAACUCUGCGCCAUGUGGGCCGAGUGGCCGGCGUUCACGACGACACCGCUUUCGUUCGCCUACAACGUGGCCGGCACGCAAGGCUACAGCCAAGAAAUCUUUGUCGCCUACUCUACGCUGAUUGAAUCGGUGACGUUUGCGCUCUCGCUUUUCUGCGGCGUCCUCGUGCUAAGCGUGCGAGUGGGCAUGAAGCCAUCGGCGCAGCGUGACACACUUUUGCGGCGCUACGUCUACCCGAUCACGUUUGACGCGCUCUACAUUCCGCUCGUGACGACAUAUGUGCGUCUCGGCACGUGCCCCGAGGGGUAUAAUCACAUCCCGCUCCCCGGCGGGGCAACCUGCGCGUGUCUGAACCGCUACGGUCUCUACUGGGCUGUGGGUCUUCUCGGAUUUGUCAUCUUGUAUGCGAGUUCGCUGUACUACAAGAUGUUUAUCGAGCCGCUCGGAACCACGAUGGACUUUCGGUUUGAAACUAGCUUUCAGAUCAUCAUGGUCAUGGCCCGCACACUCAGUCCCAUAUACUCGGUGCUCGUCAUCGGGCUGCAGCUCAAGGGAGAGAAAACGGCCGCCAUUCCCGUCGCGCUCGGCUUCCUCGUCUGUGUGUCCUUCCUCCUCCACUACACGUACCGGAUGCAGCCGUGCAUUGGGAGUGGCCGCCUCCCCAACAACAUCCGCGUGCUCUCGUUCUCGAGCUCGCUCUACACAACACUGUGUGUGUUGGUGUACCUUCUCACACCGCUCACGCUCAACGGGCUCUAUGCCGCGCUGCUGUCACUGCCGCUCGUUUGGCUUUUGGCGUGGCAUGUCAACGACAAGCGCGCGCGGCGCUUCUACAUCCCGGACCUCUCAAUUUUGGAUCUACUCCAGGAGCGGUCGCCGCAAGCCAAGAUGGUCGGGACCAUUGCCGCCUUGUACAUGGACGCGGCCAAGGUCCGACACGUGGACCACGAAGCCAUCGUGUUUCAUUUGCACAGUAUUGCCAAACACUCGAUGCUCGGCGUGCCCCUGUGUCGCAUCUAUGCGAUUCGGACACUUUGGUUUUGCUACAUUCGGAACUUUCGAAAUGCAAAAUGUGCGAUCGGUGAGCCCAACGACGCGCUUGUGAUUCCGUGCACGCUCUUUUACAAGGACCGCGAGAAUCCGGACCGGCCAAAGAGAGCACCCAAGACAGCGCUCACCACAGCGCUGCAGCGUGUCAAGCUCACCCGCAUCGAGUCCGUCGUUGAUGUGCUCGACGUCGAUGUGCUAUCGACCCGGCAUCACUUGACGAAGGCGGGCACACGCGCCGCGGAUAUCUUUAAAUCCAAGCUGCGCCGCCCGAUAACACGCCAUGCCAAGGUGGCCAACGCGACAAUCGACCCCAACCUUGUGUGCGCGCGAAAGCGGUCGCUGGCCAAGCAAACGUACUUUAUGAUUCUCCUCCGAAGCAAGCACUGGAUCUGCAAAAACGAAGCGCCGGAAGCCGCAAUGGUGCACCAUGAACUGCUGCACCACAUGGCUCUUGAAGUGCUCUCGCAAAGCUGUGCGAUGGACGACCGGGUUGCUAUGCACGAAAUCGGCGUCUUUUUGCUCCAGUGGUACAGAACAAAGUACCUUCGGCUCAACAAAACCGUAUACCUCCACAUUCUCUCGACGCUCUGCGCGACGUCGAACCGCAAACUCGCGCUCGACGUGACAUACACGGUGUACAAGCUCUGCGCCGAGGGCUUCUUCUUACCCGAGCUCUGGCUCCAACACACGUCGUUUCUCAACAACUUUGUGCUUAGCCUCGGGCACAACAGCCAACAAACCGUCUCUCAGUGCGCGACGGUCCUCGUCUCGAUCCUCGAAUGUGCCGAAGCCGACCCAAAGACGAAUUUAUUCGUGCUCUUGACACCCGAGUCGAUCGGCAAGAUCCAUACGGCUUUCCACACGUGGUGCGAGUCGUACGAGCUCAGCGUUGCGCUCGAGCGCUGCUGCUUGAGCCUCCACCGGAUCGAAGCCGACCAGCGGCGCAAGCUGUGGCACCACCGGCAGUCGAUCGAUUUUUCGUCGCACUCGAGAGCAGUCCACGAGUCCUUUCUCAAGCGCGACAAGGAAGGAGCGCACUUUGAUCGGGCCCUGUGGCUCAACAUGUCGAUGGUCGCGCCGCGCGAACACAGCACCGCCAGCUCGCUGACACGCCAGACGCCCCGGAAGGCGUCGCGCAAGGCCGCCAUCGUCUAUGUCAACGACGCGGGCCCGCGCCCGAGCGUCGUGGCGCAUUUUCCAGGUCCACGCACGUCGACGCUCGGGGGCACGCCGGAAGGAGCGACGGCAGUCGUUACGCCGAUGAACGAUGAUGACGCACUGCGCAAGGUGAGCUACGUGCCUACGAAUCGCGUGACGAGCAAGGUCUCGACGAUGGAGCGCAUUCGUCGGCUCUCGAUCGACUUGCUCCGGCCAUCGUUGCCGCGCGCUCCUACGACCAAAUCGGACGAAUAUGUCUUUGUGACGACGGCGAUUUUGUCGGAAAUCACGCGCCGGCAACAGCUCCGCAGCCACUUUGAGUCCGAGCUGCAAAAAACGUACUACCUCUUUGAAGAGAUGCUCAUGGAACCGCUCGUCAACGGCGUCGAGUGGCUCAAAGACACGCCAAAAGUCGUGUCGCGACGGCGCUCGUCAUCGGGUCGCAAGGCGACCAACCACGGUGUUCUUGGCGCGUUCACCGCGCUCAUGAAGAUUUACUCGACGGCCGAAGAGUGUGCGCUGCACGACUACAUCUACACGACGCUCGACAAGGACCUCGUGUCGUUUUUUGAAAAGCACGUCAAGCCGUUCGUCGAGUGCUGCGAAGCCGAGGCCAAGUCAGGCUUCUGGACGCGCUGGUGCCGCCGCAAAGAAUAGCCUUGAGGUAGAUCAACAAGUACCCAUACACGUCACAUAUUGG